UGAUCCAAUUCAUUCAGAAAAAUAUUUUCUCCCGAUUCGGAGUUCCACGAUCUUUCAUCACCGACAAUGGUACUCAUUUUUGUAACAAAGCAUUGGAACGUGUCCUUUCCAAAUAUGGGAUUCACCACCGACUCUCAACUCCAUACCACCCGCAAACAAAUGGCCAAGUGGAACUUUCAAACCGAGAAAUCAAAACAAUUCUCGAGAAAGUUGUUAAUCCUUCCCGAAAGGAUUGGGCCGAAAAGCUUGAUGAUGCACUAUGGGCAUAUCGCACUGCUUACAAAAAUCCCAUCGGCACCUCACCAUUCAAAUUGGUGUAUGGGAAAGCAUGUCACCUUCCUGUUGAGGUUGAACACAAAGCAUAUUGGGCAAUCAAGAUACUCAACAUGGAUCUUGCAUUGGCGGGUGAGAAACGACUGUUGCAGCUAAAUGAACUUGAAGAAUUCAGACUUGCAGCUUAUGAUAGCUCAAAACUCUACAAGGAGAGAACAAAAGUUUUGCAUGACCGGGUGAUCAGCCGAAGAAAAUUUGAACGGGGAGAUAAAGUUCUUCUAUUUAACUCACGUUACAAAUUCUUUCCCGGAAAGCUAAAGACCCGAUGGUUGGGUCCAUUUGAAGUACUUGAAGCAUUUCCAUCCGGAGCAGUCCAGUUGUUAAACAAAAGCGGCCAAAAACUCAUGGUAAAUGGACAACGGUUGAAACUAUACCAUGAUGGUGAGAGACAAGAGGCAACUUCUGUGUAUUGCCUCACUGAUCCGAAAUAUGAAUGAAGAGGCAUGGGUCAAGCUAAUGACCUUAAACGAGCGCUUCUUGGGAGGCAACCCAAGUUUGUAAAUUUCAAAAAAAAAAAAAAAAACAAAAAAAAGCAAAAAAAAAAAAUGUCUAGGUUUUUGUUUUUGGACUCUAAAGGGGCCACAUCCGCUCGAAAAGACAUCUCAACAUCAUCCGUCCGCAAUUCAGGGAAGUUUUCUUUACACUCCUUUAAUUUAUUUUCCACUAAGGACAGUGCAAAUUUUAAGUGUGGGGGAGUGGGUAGUUCGACCCUAAUUUCUUGUGUGAAUAUUUUUUCUUUUUCCUUGCUUGUUUGUGUGAUUUUAUUUUCUUUUAUUUUUAUUUUGUGUGUUUGUUUAGAAAAGUAAAGACCAGUCUUGUCCAAAAUACAACAAUAGACAAACAACACAUUAGUUUACACUUUUUGUUACUAGUUACUUCCAUAACUUUUUAAAACUAUUCAUUCACCUCUUUUGACGAAAUGUGGUUUGAGUUUGAGAAGUGUCACUAUAAUUUUUUGAGAGUAACUUAGUAUUAGCUUUGAACUUGAUUCUUUUUAACACUUUAACAUUAAACACCUUAGAUUUUAUUUUUCCAAUUUAUUGGUUAAUAGUUGAAUUAGUGAAAGUUUAUG